CACCACCUCGUACCCACGACAAGAUAUGGCAAAAGCACGCGCGCAGUCGCGUCAGGCCGAGCAAUUGGUAAUCCACGAGGAUGAAAUGAAGGAAGAGGAGGAGGAAUUCUUCGACGAAAGCGGCGAUCCGCUAGAAGAGAGCGGCCGCACCAUGGACAGUAGCGAUGAGGAGAUCGAACAGGCCGUCGCAGAAGACAUCGUACGCUUUGAGGACAGCUUUGUAGGAAUUAACAAGCGUUAUCGACUUAUAAAUCGCAUCGGGGAGGGCACAUUUUCAACUGUGUACAAGGCCGAGGAUCUGGAGUACAAUAGCUUCGAGAAUGAAUGGGACAUCGACGACCGCGAGAGCAAGAAAUGGUCAUCGCCUGCCCGCCGGAGACGGCCAUCCAAGCGCCCGCAUUAUGUCGCUAUUAAAAAGAUAUAUGUUACAAGCAGUCCCAUGCGAAUAUUCAACGAACUCGAACUACUCCAUGACCUCAAAUUCUCUGAUUCGGUAUGCCCGCUGAUUACUGCUUUCCGUCACCUGGAUCAGGUCGUAGCGGUCCUGCCAUACUUUCAGCAUCGCGACUUCCGCGAGUACUACCAAGACAUGACAAUUGCCGACAUGCGUCUCUACUUCCGAAGUCUGUUUACCGCACUACGCUCUGUCCACGCGAAAAAGAUUCUCCAUCGCGAUGUCAAGCCAACAAAUUUCCUCUACAACCCUCAACAGGCGCGUGGUGUCCUUGUUGACUUCGGUCUCGCCGAGCGUGAAGAAACAGAUUGGCACCAAUGCGCGUGCACUCUACCACCCGAGGAGCGCCGCUACAAAAUAUCUCAUAGCGUGUGGGCCCAGACUCUUCAAUCAGGAAAUCAGCCAUCAAGUUACCCUAAGAGCGACGUACGAUCCAGUCGACGUGCAAACCGAGCCGGCACUCGUGGAUUUCGCCCACCUGAGGUUCUGAUAAAAUGCACGCAGCAGAACACAUCAAUCGACAUAUGGAGCGCUGGUGUAAUUCUACUAACUCUAUUAUCCCGCCGAUUCCCUUUCUUCCACAGCGCCGACGACAUCGACGCGUUAUUAGAACUCACUAGCAUCUUUGGCAAGAAGAAGAUGCGGGAUAUCGCACUUCUUCACGGCCAAGUCUUCGAGACCAAUAUCCCAAGCUAUAGUGACGGUGGCCAUAGUCUUGAGAAGAUUAUCCUUUGGUGUACCGGUCGCACCAGUAGCGACAAGACACAAAAGAAAAUCGAAUUGGGAGAUGACGAGAAGGAAGCCGUGCAGUUUCUGUACAGGUUGUUGGAGUGUGAUUCCGCGAAACGAAUCACGGCGGAAGAAGCGCUGCGUCAUCCGUUUAUUACUAAGGCGUUCGAGGAUAGCGAAGCUGAUGAAGAUGCAGUUGACCUCGUUGCAGAAUAA